AUGUCGUCGCUCGACUACGGCACGCGCAAGCGUAAAAGAAUAGACGACUUCUUCAGCAAAGAGCACACGAAAGCCGCGAAGGGCAGUGACACAAAGAAUGGCUCAUCUUCGCAUAUAAGUACCCAUAACCGCAUCCCAGGCUUGACGAUUCACAACGAGUUCGUCUCGCCUCAGAGGGAGCUCUUAACCAUCGACUACCUCAACAAGCAGACAUGGAGAACCGAUCUAGCUCGCCGUUGCAUUCACUAUGGCGGCACAUACUGCCUCAUGCCAAGCCGUCACUGCACUCCAGAGCAGCGUAGACAGAUCGAGAGCCAGAUCUUCACAGCUGACCCCAUACCCGCAGAACUACAUCCCAUAAUCGAUCGCAUGGUCGAUCGAGACAUCUUCACUGCCUCCACAGCGCCCGAGUUCUGCAUUGUCAACGAGUACCAAAACAAGCAAGGAAUCUCAGCCCACGUAGAGAAUUUCCGAUUCGCAUCGCCUGUAUGUGGCCUGACGCUCCUCAAAGGGGACUGGAUGCGUUUUCACGAGCUCGAGAAGCCUGAUGAUGGGAGCGUGAGAUCUGGCAAAGCGGCACAGGCCAAAAGGACUGGGAAGAAGGUUGAUGUUUGGCUACCGAGGAGGAGCCUGUUGGUUAUGGAGAGGGAGGCACGGGAGAAGUGGCAGCAUGAGAUUGUGAGAGGAGCGAAGGAUAGGAAGGGCGUAGAUUGGAAGAGGGUGUCUCUGACGUUUAGGACAACAAGGACGAGGCCUGUCGCUUCGUCGACGUAA